AUGGCAAUGGGUGCGCUGCUCGAUAGCAAGCCACCCCAUCUAAAAGUGAUGGCAGCGGCUUGGAGAGCGGCCAUCUGCCUCCACCAAGCUGAAGAAUGGUCCCCGGUGAGCGGCGGGCACACCGAGAUCCUCAGGGACCUGGGAUCAGAGCUAAUCCUGACCCGAGACAGGGAGAAAUGGCUGAAGGACCCUAACGGCAUUCUGACUCCGGGGGGGCUGGUCUGGUUCACAGACGACUCCAAGGCCGGAUCUGGCACCGGAGCCGGAAUUGCGGGGGAGAGCCCAAGGGUCGAAAUGACCCACAGGCUGGGCCACCACGUUACUGUCUUCCAAGCAGAAGUGUUUGCCAUCUGGGCCUGCGCCAAAUAUAGUUUGGAAAGGGCCCACUCAGGAAAACACAUCGAUAUCUGCAGUGACAGCCUGGCCGCGCUUAGAGCCCUCCACAAAGUGGAAAUUGGAUCUAAGCUAGUGAGGGACUGUGCACUGACCUUGAGACAGCUAUCUGUGAACAACAGAGUUAAGCUGCUGUGGGUACCAGGUCACGCUGGUAUCCCAGGUAAUAAGAGGGCUAACGAACUGGCACGAAUGGGGGCGACAAGCUCCCAGCCAUGCCAUGAGUACCCCAUUGGCGUCUCAACCUAUGCAUUGAAAGGCCUGGCCAAGGACUGGUUAAACCAGGAAUUCAUCAGGCUCUGGCAUAACGCUAACGGCAUGAGACACACGAGGGCCCUAUUUGAGGGACCGUCACAAAAGCUGGGGGACACCUUAAUUCACCUGGACAGGGCGCAACUGCGCAUACUCGUGGGCCUAGUGACAGGACACUGGUACACGAGGAAACACCUGGCGCGCAUGGGACUCACAGAGGAGUCGACAUGCCCGAGGCUGCCUAGCGGCCCGGGUACAAUGGUCCCCUAG